AUGUGUUUCCAUCCUUGCUCUGUGUUUAUUUUUGCGCCAGAUUUUAGGAUUACGGACGCCAAAAAAUGUGUGCGUUGCAAAGGGUAUAUUUCGCGGAGGGAUAUGGCGAUGAAAAUUCGAUCUCUGAACUAUCAUGCCGCAUGCUUUUCGUGCUCGAGCUGCGACAAGAAACUGGUACCUGGGGAGGAGUUUGUGAUGCGGGAAAAUGAUGUCCUUUGCCGACAUGACUGCGAUUCAAACAAUAUUGAGCAGCCAUCGUCGGUGAGAACGGAUAUUUAUGGGCGGGAUGAGGAUGACGGCUGGGACGGUUCGACUCUGACAAGCUUGGACAAUCAGAUGUCGAAUACGCCACCGCUCUCACUUCGGAGUCCAAAAUCAGACGAAGUAUAUCUUUUUUAUGCGGUUUACCGCACUUAUGCAAAGCUUAAUUGUCGAACGGCUAAUUGA